CCUAAUGUACUGUAGUCUUCUUGGUACUGUCUCACAAGUCAGUCAGUUAAGCGUUCUGCCGGAAAGUAGAGGCACCGGAACAUUGCUUCAAUAGUUUAUUGUAAUUUAAUUUUCUCAAUCAUGCGAUGCAUUGACUAAUAAAUUUAAUAAUAAUAAAAAAUAAAAUAAAAAAAUCUCUUGGAAUAUCACAAUUACUUAUUAGCAAAACAAGACUAAAUGUCGAGUAAGGAAAAGAAACACGAAAAAAUGAAGACCAUUGGGAAAAUAUUGUCUGUGAUUCACAAACUGAUAGAAUUUAUAGUCAGAGGAUUAUUACUUUUAGUUGCAUAUGUAAGUGGUCCAGCGGAAAUGCAACCGCCAAUAAAAGAUUUAACACUUUUACACAGCGCAACAGCAUUAGCGACGAAAAUUCGCAACAAACAACUCUCAUCAGAGGAUGUUGUACAAUCGUACAUCGAUAGAAUAAGAGAAAUUCAACCAAUAUUAAAUCCAAUGGUUGAAGAUCGUUUCGAGGAGGCAUUAAAAGAUGCAAGAAAAUGUGACGAAUUAUUAAAAUCAUCUAAUUCUCCAACAGUUGAAUUUCUUGCCAAAGAAAAACCUCUAUUUGGAGUUCCAUUUACGACAAAGGAUUGUGUUGCCAUUAUUGGCAUGAAACAAACUGCUGGAAUUGUAUGCCGUAAGGAUUGUAUAGCCGAUGAGGAUGCAAAUGUAAUAAAAUUAAUGAGAAAUGCUGGAGCUAUACCUCUUGCAACGACAAAUGUAUCGGAAGGUGCAAUGUGGUGGGAGUCCAGUAAUUUAUUGUACGGAACCAGCAGAAAUCCUUACAACACAAGACACAUUGUCGGAGGAUCAUCAGGUGGAGAAGGUUGUCUGCAGGCGGCUGCAGGUUCUCCAUGUGGAUUAGGCUCCGAUAUUGGUGGCUCCAUACGAAUGCCCUGCUUUUUUAAUGGAAUUUUCGGUCAUAAACCUUCCAAGGGAAUUGUUUCAAAUCACGGACAAUAUCCUAGCACACACAAUGAACAGCAAGACUCACUUCUGGGAAUUGGACCAAUGUGUCGAUAUGCUCAGGACAUGCUUCCAAUUUUAGAAAUAAUAGCCGACAGUAACGCGGAAAAAUUGAAUCUACGUUCGAAAGUUGAUAUUUCAAAACUCAAGUUCUACUACAUGGAAAAUAAUGGUGGUCAAUUUUUGGUAUCGCCAGUAGAUCGUGAAAUAAAUGAAUCGAUGAGAAAAAUUGUCAAUUAUCUUGAGAAGGCGCACAAAAUAAAAGCAACGAAAAUACAAAUGAAAAAAAUGAAAAUGAGUUUAGCCUAUUGGAUGGCAGCGAUGACUGGUGAAAAGGGAAAAGAUUUUGCCUAUGAAUUAACAAAUAGAAAGGGUCAAAUUAAAGUUUGGUGGGAAUUAAUAAAAUGGUUUUUCUUCAUGAGCAAUCAUACAUUAAUUGCCUUAAUGACAUCAGCUUUUGAAAAAUUCAAUAUGAAAAUUGGAAGUGAACAACAUACAAAAUUAAUACAAGGCGGAAGGGAACUCUAUCAAGAAUUUAGAGAUAUGCUGGGAGAAGAUGGAAUUUUCUUGUAUCCAACUCAUCCGACAGCUGCUCCACUGCAUCAUGAGCCUCUUAUAAAACCAUUCAAUUUUACUUAUACAGCAAUAAUAAAUGUUCUUGGACUACCAGCAACCGCUUGUCCAUUAGGUCUUAAUAAACAAGGGCUUCCGAUUGGUAUUCAGAUAAUUGGUGGCCUUUAUCAAGAUCGCCUUACAUUAGCAGUUGCAGAGGAAUUAGAACGCGGAUUCGGAGGCUGGGUUCCUCCAUCAAUAACCGCAUAAAUUAUCUAACGUUAUUUAUAAUUGAAAGAUUUUCUACCGCAAGCAAGUAAAACAAGUUAUUAAACAUUUUUCCACUUCAAUGACUAAGCAAAAAAAUAAU